CGGGAAGCGUGUCCGCAGACGAACUUCACGCCCGGGCCCGAGAUGGCUGAACGCCCUAGCAAAACCACUGGAAGCUGUCUGUGUGGCGCAGUGCGCUUCACUUUCUUCGGGAAACCAACGGCUACUUGCCUCUGCCAUUGCCUCGACUGUCGCAAAAUCAGCGGCUCGACGUACAGCACGAAUGCCAUGUUCCCCAUCGACGCCGUCACCCUCACAUCGGGCACACCGAAGAGCUAUACCACACAUGGCGUCUCAGGGAAGCCUAUCACCAACUUCUUCUGUGGCGAUUGUGGAUCGACGCUGUGGCGGGAGUCGGUCGUGUUUGCGGGACUCAGGAUCGUGAAGGCGGGCGUGUUGGACGAUGUGAGGGCGUUAGAGAAUGUGGCGGCGCCGGCGACGGAGUUAUUUGUGGAGAACAGGGUAGGUUGGGUGGGGGAGAUUCCAGAAGCGGUACAGAAGGAAGGUCAAUAGGCAUUUGCAGAGAAUGAGCGAGGGUCGGACCAGCG